AUGGGCACGACCAUGGACCCAACAGACAUGGAGUCCCCAAAGAGUUACCAGGAGUUCCUGUCUCACGUUACAGUGACCCAACUUGAGGCUCCUCACGAAGGUGGAUUCGCCUUGACGACCCAGGCACCAGGAGCCAGCGAGUGCAAGUUCAUAUUCGCCAUCCACCCCAUCACAGGCCGAGCCAACUCAGCUCAAAUCGAAGUCCUAGCAGACCACAACUCAAAUACAUGGGAGUGUCCGAGCAGGUUCCUGGCUAAACACGGCCUCGAAUUUCUUCACGAUAUUAAGUUGAACGGCGACAUCAAAUUUUCUCUGUUCGCAUUGGAGAACCAAUGGAGAUUGGUGUUAAACUGGAUCGCUGAAGUCCAGAGGAUCUGGGGACGCUCAUCGUCAUGCUGGCCCAAGUUCAAGCCAGCGGUGUUCGCUGGUCGAGAUGGCGCCUGGGUGUUGCGAUGGUCGCUAGUGCAUCACAGAAGCUCUCUGAUAGAUGUCAAAACAUCAAAGGAUGGUUUCUCGCAGUUGGGGUAUUCUUAUGAGUUUCCAUUGUCAGCUGAGAACCAUGAUACGGCAGGCACUUGGGGGUCGCUUUAG